GGCUGGGCAGCAACGACAACCAAUUUCUCCUUCUACAUGAUCUCUUAUGUGAUUAUGAUGACAAGAGAUUCAUUCAGAUCCUCUAUACAGAAGUGGUGUCAAGAUGUCUGUCAUACAAGUUGAAGAUCUAGUAUCGUACCAGCUCAGGGCUAGCUACCUGACUGAGGUUGCCGACGGAGUGGGCGAACGACUGAUCACACUCAACGAGAACUUCCUAAGCUCAGCUCCCUUCAAGGCGGCAGGAUGGCGCGCCAAUCCUUCCCUGAUCAAGAGGACACACUCUCCAGAGAUCCCCGCCGCCGUUCCCUCCGAAUACUUCCAAGCGCCCCGACGGCUGGGCUUGACUCUCGAGGAUGAGCCAGAGGAAGGUGGAAUGCUCACAGGAGGAGGCAAUGAUACUCUUGGUCCUGGCAUCGCGACCAAGAGAAGGCGACGUCGGGAGCAGAUGGAAGAGGAGGACAGCAGCGACCUGAGCGACGAGAGCGACGAGGAGACGGAGAGGGCUGCGCAACAGAUCAAGUUUGCCAAGAUGCCCGUGCGAAACCGUUCUGGCUCUUCACCUCUGCAGUCGUCUACGUUGCGACAGGCAACAUCUGCCAGUUCCCCUCGACCCCCGCCGCGACGUGGCUCACAGUCUGCCCUGGAGACGGUCAAAGAGAGGGCGAGGCGUGACACUGUGACCAGUAGUGAGAUAUCGUCCGAGAACGAGUUGGAGGCUGGUGGUUAUCAGAGGCAUAGAGAUGCCGCCCGCGCGGCGGCAAAGGCUGUGCGCAUCCAGACCAACCUGAACAAAUCGGAGCCUGCUGUCGGCGUCAACAGGCAGCACAGCGAUCUCCUUGAGGAAGAAGAGGAGGAAGAUUCGGAUGCAUCUGACAUGUCGUCAGCAUUCAACGAGAGCAUCGAGUCCACGACCAUGCUAGCUGGAGACCUGGAGAAACCCCCACUGGCAAACAUGUCACCUUCGCACCAGCUCGUUGGAACGCCACCGCGCGAGUUCAGGCGACAGUCGACCAUCCGGAGAUCCCAGAUGCCACCUCCUACACAGGUCAUUGGUGAUCUUCCCCCCAGGCGGCCGACAAGCACUCUCCGGCCCGUCAGCAUGAUCAAUCCCAAGAGCUUGAUAUCUGAAGCCCUGAACGCCAAGAAGACCAAGCCGGCCACACCGUUUGAAGGUUUCGCGGCACUUUCUGGAAAGGGUGAAGCCAGUCCACUCAUGAUCCGCAUCUACAGCCCCUUCUCCAACCAGCCGUACAAGCCAUUCGAGGUGCUCAUCCGCAGGAUCACGCGCGACGACAAUGCUGCGGACCGCCCCGUCAAUGUGGCUGACCUCAUCGGCCUUGCCCUCUGGCGGUACAACGAGGAGAAGUACGAGCCGCCUCUUCCCAGCGACAAGCUCAACCUGAACUGGUGGACGCUGAGGAUGGUCGAGGAGGGUGGUGAGGUGGACGAUGACUUCCGUCCCCUGGAGCGCACCAAACCCCUCUCGCAGUUCGUCACCACAUCCAACAACAAGAAUGAGGGCGCGCGGCCCACGGCCGCCAUGCCUCGGAUUGGCAGAGGCAGGGCCAAUACCAAAAUCUAUGACGACUUUGCCCUAGUCCCAGCCUCAGCCUCCGAAUUCGAGGCCAACAAGGCCUUAACUCCACAGUUCUCCGAAGAGGUUGCUGCUGCUGCUGCGGAGACGCCCAGCGAAGAGGACCCCCCUCAUCCCAACACGGCAGUGCUGGACGCCGCGACGGCACCACCACCGCUCGUGCCAAGCACGGGGCGCUACAAUCCUGUGCUCAAUACAGUGCAUCGCGGCACGAACAUGCUCGACAUACCACGGCCACAGGUCACCACGACCAACACCUCAAGAGGCCAGCACAAAUUCUUGCGCAUUCACAUCCAGACGCCAGAGGCCCCUCCUGGACAGAUGGUGACAGUGGACGUGACGACGGAUAUGUACAUUGAGGAAGUGCUAGAGCUUGUCUGCCGCAAGCGCAACCUCGACAAGAACUUCCAUAUCCUCAAGAUCCCCAACUCCGGGGCGGUGGCCUUGCUGGACCGGCCCGUGUCGGCGAUUGGGGCCAUGCAGGAUCUCGAGCUGCACAAGAGACGCUUCGGCGACCCGACGCUCAGCCAGUCCCCAGUUGGGCAUUCACCUGCAGCACGACUGCUGUUCUCUGAGAUGGGCGUGGCGGUUGGAAAGAAGGCCUCCAAGACCAAGGGCAUCCACCCCCUGGCCAAGGAGGCAAUGGCGCAGGAGGAGCUGAACAGAAACAGCAACUACAGGCGGUACAUUGUGUGGCGCAAACAAACUAUGCGGUUUGCGGGCCUGAAUGAGCGCUUGUUUGUCAUUGAUGGCGAGUACAUACACAUCAUCCCGUCGUCGAACGGCAAAGCCGUAACGGACAGCAGCAGCAAGACUACGACGGUGCACUUUAGCAACGUAAUCGGGUGCAAACUGUCGAGACGGCACCCUUCGCAGUUCAAGGUAUGUAGUUCUUCUUUUGUCAUUUACCGGGAAAAUGAGAUCAAGAGAUACGAUUUUGAAGCAAAGAACUCGGAUGAGGCUGCUGAUAUUGUGACGACGGUCAAGAAAGGCAUUCCUCCCAACCAGUGAGGAGCGAUGUAGAAACAAAGAUGACCCAAUUCUGGCAGCGACUGAGGUCUAGAACGCAUAUUGAAAGAAUAAGCUUUUUUUUUUUCUUUUUCUUGCUCAAACCGCCUUGUCGCAUUCUUGGCGCCGCGAAGAAUUCCUCGUCUUGGAGCAUCAUCGUCGCAUUCAGACACACAGUUUUGACAGCCUAAUGCAACCCGUGUCUGUCUGUAACAGAUCAUUUCUGCCGGCUUCUGCACAAGACAGAGAAAAGAUGGGUGUGGAUGCAGUCGCACGACGGGAACCUCGAUGUAACUUUCCGUCUGUGGGCGACAGGGUGUGCCAGAAUUACACCUGUCUCGUCUCAGGGACUUGUGCCUAAACAACUUUUUGGUUUUGUCGCCGCCAGGUCUUGAGUAUAUCGCACGCGGCCCUUCGUCAGCUUGGAUCGGCGGGCGAAUCCAUAUUGGGCAGCUCGGGGGAAAUGACGAUAGUCGGUGUCCGUCCGGCACGCCCGGACGGCCAAGCACGGCCUAGGCGGCAUUCAAAGGUUGAGCAGCUCUCAAGCCACGGACCCACAGGGCCUGUCAGUGUCAGAUAGCUAAACCUUGAUAUUUCCCCCCCCC